UGAGGAGGAGUUUGCUUCGGUGUGUGUGUGGGUCUGUGUGCGGCAAGUUCUUCGUAAGCUGCGUAGUGCGUAUCGCGGUGUUUGUGUCCUUUUUUAUUGCGCUUGACCGUGGGUUAAGGAAACCCCGAAAACGCAACAGUUAAUCCACGGAAAAGCUGUCAUCGUCACGUAAUCCAACCACCGUCAUCAUCAUCAUCAUCGUUUAGCCGGCUUCGUGGUCCGGUCUGGUGGUGGUGGUGGACGCCCCAAAGACACGCGCACGCACACUGCCCGAACCCGGAUGUUCCGUGGAAAAUCAGCCCCGAGGAAAUAUCGCACGGCCCGAAGUUGCUGCGGCCCGGCGCCAGGCGUUGCUGGCCGUGGAAAUUCAACCCAACCAGAUUUCUAGCAGAGCAAUGCUGUAGCUUACGGCGCAAGGGCAACACAGCAGCAGCAGCAGCAACCCAAGUGCACAUUAUCAGUAGUGUACGACACAAAAAGUAAACAAAUUUCAACAUAAGAUCGCGGGGCAAAACGACCGAGAGGCAACGUUAUCGACCACACCACCCAGUCCAGGCCCGGACUGUGUGUCCUUUUAUUGUUUCGAUCGUGCCCCCACAAUAAACCGAAGCGAAGGACUGAUGCGAAGCUUACGGCGGUAGAUCGACAGAGUAGCAAGCAGCGCGCACCAGUGACGAGACCAUAGCAGCAACGUUCGUUGGCAAGCUCUGUAUGUCGAUCGUAGUACACAUCGGCCAGCGAGUGUUGCACAGUGACGGCGAUCCUCUGGCGGUGGUGGUGCGUUACCGCAGCAGCUGCAGCUAGCGAACGGUGCCGGGAAAUCCUGCCGCAAUUGUCCCGAACCCCCCGGUGCGAAAAAGCGGACAUCGGAAAUCCAUCGAGUAAACUUUGAACCGAGUGUGACCACAGCGGUUCUGCCAUUCCCCACGAUUCCAAGGGUUGCCCAGCGGUCUAGGCGGAAGCCCCCACCCCCCGAAUACCUCGGCCACUUCCUACCUAUCCUGCCCGCGGUUUCCAGGCAGGAGACGAAUGCGAAUAACGUUCCUGUUUGAGCUACUGUUCCAGGAGGAUCACCUGGAGGAGAACUGGUGUUCGAGCGCUGCACCAUCGCACCGGAGCCUGGGAGUCGAAGGGCGCGCGUGUGACACCUACUACCGUUGGGUCCCACUUUUCUGUCGUCCCCGUUACCCAGUACAGUUUCCGGCCUGGAAUCCAAUCAAGAAAACGAUCCAACCCAGGAGGCGGCGGCCAACGGAGGGCACGCGAACGGGCAAUCAUCAACGACGUCAUCUUCGUCGUCGUCCGGAAGUGGCAACAUGGUGAAAACGUUCCAAGCAUACCUGCCGUCGACGAACCGAACGUACUCCUGUGUCCACUGCCGGGCACACCUAGCUAGUCACGAUGAGCUUAUAUCAAAAUCGUUCCAGGGCAGCCAGGGACGGGCUUAUCUGUUCAAUUCGGUGGUUAACGUUGCAUGCGGCCAGGCCGAAGAGCGCGUCCUCCUAACGGGCCUACAUGCCGUGGCCGAUAUCUACUGUGAAUGCUGCAAAACGCCGCUCGGGUGGAAAUAUGAACAUGCCUUUGAGUCGAGCCAGAAGUACAAGGAAGGCAAGUACAUUAUCGAGCUGGCGCACAUGAUCAAGGAGAAUGGCUGGGAUUGAUUCGCGUCGCCGACGCGGCGCACCAGAAGUGAUAGUAAUAGCAGUAGCGGCGGUAGCUCAUCGGCGAUAAAUUAGACUGUAACCGAAAUCACUACACGUGUGUGCGUCGUGUGUCCUCGUCGAUCCUCAGCCACCACCAUUAGCGGCGGUUAGGCAGCUGCUGAUCGUCGAUACCAACCAACGGAAUACCGAUUUGUCUUUUUAGGUGGAGAGUCAGAGGGAGAUCAAGUGCAAUUUUUUGCACAAAGCUUCGUGCAGCAUGAGCGCACGCCCCUGCCCCCCUUCCGCACGGCCCGGCUGGCUGGAACGGCCGGAAAGGGCGGCCAACGCAGCGAAUUCGAUCCUUCAAUUUGAUCUAGUUUCUCAAACACCAUGGUGGUGAUCAAGCAUCAAACGAUUGAUGGUAGCGCGUAUUUCUUUUCCGUCGAGGAAGAUUCGAAGAUUCGGAGUCUGCUCCAAAGAGAGCUCCUGGAAUCGUUUCCGGCUCAAUUUUACCCAAGCGAUGAGACAGAGAGCGAGAGAGAGAGUUCACUAUUGUUUUUAAUCCGUACAUCGUGCUGUACGCGUUCCGUUUCCCGGUUCUACGGUUCCUUACGUUUCGAAACUGCCGUUGCGUUUAAAAAAAAGGUAAUCUUGAGUUUCAUGUGGGCGGUUUGUCCCAUGUUCUUGCCGCGUUCCUUGUGCAAGGAUGCGGCAGCUGUUUUCGCUCUGCGCCGUUGUUUUCGCCGGUAACGAAAUGCCUCGACGCGUUGCAACUCGGGCGGGAAAGUUUUGGGCCACUUUUAGUAGAGGGAUUGUAUAUACGUGUUUAAUGCGUGUAUGUGCGAUAAUGUAGUAUGUGAGUACAUGAGCGCGAGAGUGAUAUUAGAAUUAUAGGCAUACCAGACGGCGGAGAUUGUUACAGCAAAGGAAAAAACAUGAAAAGUCAUCAAAAAGCAACACAAACAAUAUUUAAAAAAUGAAGCAGAAAACACAUAGAGGCCGGAGAAUCCGCCGUGCGGCGCUCGUCCGAGCGGGUUCGCGUAGCGCGAAUCCAACCGAACCCGAGCGGGACGCAAGAAUCGUAUUUUAGUCGAAAUAUACACACGGAUUAAGGAGUAGAUUUAGUUUUUACGGUAAUAAACGAAAACCGCGAAUCGGUAUGCGAAUGAGUGUGGUCUGUGUGAUAGGCGAGAUAAUGCAAGCGCGAGUGGGGAGAACAAUGGAGGGGAUAGUGUGCAACGGUCGAGAUUAAUGGAUUGGUCCGCGAAGGUAUCAGAUUGCAGGGAAGUAAUAAAAAAAUAGUUUACCUCCCCCCCACAUACCAGUGCCCAGGGCCUAGGAGAAUCGAAGGCGAAACAGAACGCAACAACGGCAAAACAGAGAGCAAGUAACAGGAAAAUAUGUCAGCGAAACAAACUUUCAUGAAACAUGCCUAAAAAGAGUACACGCACGAUUCACGUUAAUUUUUCACGAUACUAUCCCCCCGGCCGGGUUUCCUGGUUUGUUUGGCACGUCCCUCGGUUCCCGGUCCCUUUUCGAUAGCGAAUGUGAUUGAAUAGUUAAUAGAUUUUUUAAUAAAAAAGAAACAGGAAAACCUAAGCCCAGGGAAUGACCGGAGAAGCAAAAAAAGCAAACAGAUUGACCGCUCAUCACUAUCACAACAUAGAUUAGCUGCAGCAUAAACGUGAAGCCCACAGAGAGAGAAAGAGAAAGAGAGAGUGGCGUGUUUCCAAUGAAGCAUUGCGAGAGGCAGGAAGGUGGCAAACAGGCAGGCUGCCACUGAAAUGGUCAAGAAUCUGUCCGCGGAAAGAAAGUAGAAAGCGAGGAGAAAUAGCACAGCAAACCAGAACGAAUGGAGACGUAUUACUGCCCCCCCAUUAACAGUAAAAUGCAAUCUUAUAGUAACGGCUGCUACCAUAAACCGCAGCUGCUGCGCUCCAUAGCAGAGAGUCGAGAUGGAAAACAUAACGAAACUACUGCCAAUACACUUACCGAUUCACCAUCCUUCGUAUCGGUCGAUCGAGCGAGGAUCGUUCCUUACGUAUAACUUCGUAGUAGGGCAAAGCCAAUGGGGUAUCGAUGGGGCCACACUGCUUCACGAGAGUGGUCAACGAGGUGAACGAGAAGCAUCUUGUCCUAAAAGUGCUUCAACGCAGUGAACUCUCCACCAUUGCGAGCUUCAGUUUUCACUUUCAAGUUGUUUCGUUUCGUGCCACCUACAGGAAUGGCUUCUGCUUCUGAGUGCUUUGGGUAAUACCACACCACGAUACGUUGUGUGGUGGGGUCACUAUCUCGUGCCGACAUAAACCGCAUACGCAAAUACGUCCCAUUGUCAGCAAUGUGCCUAAAUUGAUUACCCUUUCCCGAUCUCUAUUGCUGCCAGCUUCUCCAUGUAGAGAGGGCGUGCUGAUUUCCUGCGGAGCACUUCAGACCCUUCUUCAAUCCUUACAUUAUUUAAGACCCGUUUUGAAAGGAUGCAUUGGAAAGACGCGAUCCGCUGUGUGGAUGUACGAGUGUGUGGAGUUAGCUUUUAUUGCUAGUGUGAUUUGACUAAUGUGAUCGGGAGGAGAGGAGCAAGAGAGCAAGAUAAAAUGAAUGGCGGUGAUUGGACGACGCAUGUUGUGAUCGUCAGUGGCUGUAUGUGAGUGAAAACAUGACUUUCGGGCGUGUGUGAUAAGCGAAACCCACGUGGGGGUUUCGGCGCGAAUGAACUGUGCAGCAAAAUCAAUGCAAUUCUCUAUUCUAUAUUCUUCCGUUUUUUGCCUUUUCCCUAUACCAAUGCAUGUUAAAUUGAGUAGACUAACGUAAGAACAAACAUGAAAAAAUCAUGAAAAUCUAAAACACCACCACUUUGUGGGUGGGCAUUGUGUUACAUUAACUUGUAGUUUCUCACUUCUAACAGUGAUUUAUUCGGAACUUCGCGCGCUAGCUCCGCGUGAAUUCGUGCGUUUUAAUCGAUCCGUUUUUCGCUCGGUGGUUUUCGAUUUCGACGGGAGCGCACUGUGUUCUUUUCGCAAAAGAGAUAAUGAAGGAUCCAUUUUCCCACCCCCAGAGACAUUUACGUAGCAUAAAUAGUUUAGUACGGCACGCUCGUCGGCGGCGAACGCGAGGACGGCGUGUAACUGAUGUUUAAGUAAAUUUCCUUGUCGGUUUCACAAGUUUGUGUUUUUGUUGUGGAUCAGAACGUGGCAAGAGGAGAACCAAGGGGGUGCGAUAACGGAAGGUUUUGAUAAAGAAAGAGAGAGAGAGAGAGAGAGAAAGAGAAAGAGGGAGAGGGAGAAAGAGGUGACGAUGAACUUGAAGAAACUUAGGAGUUAUUCAUCGAAAUGGUAAAAGAAAAACACACUAAAGUGAUCGAAACUAUACGCUAAAGAAAACAGAAAAAGUAACUAGAGGUAACCUAAUCAAAUCGCAAAACGAAGAAAAAAUACAUAAAAAAAUAAGAACAGAAUAAUUACUUUAUACACUGCGUAGGAUGUAAGAGAUAUAUACAAAUGAGGUAAUUACUAGAUAAUGUUGAUACUGCAAUGCAAAACGCAUAAAGAAAAAUAUUGAAAAGCACUAAAAAAACUAUAAAAUUUAUCGAAUAAAAUCUUAACUGUUUCAG